AUGGCGUCCACACGCUCUCUUCUUAUCCCGCAUAAACGUCCACUACUCUCCCCAAAUUCCAAGAAUGAAGUCACCAAAAGCAACAAGUCUCACAAACCCAUCCAGAAGGUUCUCAACCCGAGCGCGAUAGCAACAGAGACGCGCAUGAAGAAAGCCGUGAGCUUACGUUUGUCUGCCGAUUGGGAUGAGUACGAUCCCCCAGAUCCCACUGAAUGCGACUUUUCAAGACCCACACAGCUAUUUCUUGAUCCAAAACGUUGGGAAGCCAUGUUGAAGAAGGCUCGGGAUACUGCCAAGGCUUUAGAUGAUGCGAGCGGAGGCCCAGGAAGCAGUACCAGAAAUUCAGGAACUUUUGAAUCGGCCGAUCAGCGAAUACAAAGACAGGAAAGAGAGGCAGGGUUUGGAUCUAUGGCUAUUCGAGCUCGAUCAAGUACAAUGGCAAGUGGGAGAGUAAGAGUGAGACGAGGCGCAGGAAGAACGACCCGGCGAGGUACGAGAUAA